AUGCCAAAUAUUUCAAUGAAUUUUGGUAUCUUAGGGGAACCGAUUGAUAAACGUCAAUAUGGUGGAAGUCGAUUGAAAUUUAUUGUUAUAUAUAGAGAAAGUAUUCAAAGGCAUAAUUUAUUUGGUCAAUUCAAAGGAUGUGCUAUGGGAAGUGGAGGUGGUGAUAUGACAGAUGUUCAUCAAGAUGGAUUUGUAAAAUCGAAUUUUGCUUUGAUGCGUGAUCCAGAAGGUAACCCAAGAACACCAAGAGAUCCUAAAUCAGGUAGACCACUUCUAAAUAAAGAAAGACAAUAUACUGCAAAAGGAAAAAGUACGGAACCCUACUGUGAUGAACCAGUUACUUUAAAAUGCUAUCAUCAAAAAGCAUUUGUGCAUAUUUGUGCUGUUGUACGAUUUACUCAACGCUUGCCACCUACUGAACAAUAUUUCAGUGAUCCUAGUCAAGGAGGAACUAGCGCAUUAAACGAUAGAUGUCCAUUGAUUCAAGUUACUACUUUAUUGAUUUUAUUCUUAAUAUAA